AUGGGAACGGACGAUGUGACGUGGCUCGACGACUACUUCCCGCAAUGGGAAAAGAACAUCUACAGCGUGGAUGACCGGAAGGCGAUUCUGAGGAUUCCCAUCAACAAAGGCAGAGAAAGCAUGGUAUACUUGAGCUACAUCAUAGACAAUUACGACCGACUCCCCGAUAACGUUCUCUUCUUGCACCCGAACCGAUACCAGUGGCACAACGAUGACCCAGAUUAUGAUGGAGUGCCUAUGCUGCGCCAUUUCCAGAUGCCGUACCUAGAACAGGAGGGUUACGUCAACAUCCGCUGCGCCUGGUCUCUUGGCUGCCCGAGAGAGAUCAUGCCGCUGGCAGAAGAAGGGGAACAUAGAGAGCAGGUUCAUGCGGGAGGUGACUACAAGAAAGCAUUCCAGGUGCUCUUUCCCGGAGAAGACGUGCCGAAGUACGUAGGCGUAAGCUGCUGUGCGCAGUUUGCAGCUACGAAAGAGAAAAUAAGAGAGAGGAAGAAGAGUGACUACGAGAGGUAUAGGAAGUGGCUACUGGAGACGGAGUUGGAUGAUAAUAUUUCUGGGAGGGUCAUGGAAUACACCUGGCACAGUACGUUUACCCCUCUUGCACUGCUGGCAUGCACAGCUUUGGGCGUCGUACACCGAUCCGCAUGCCUAAGACUUCCCUAA